CGGGCUAUGUGUGGUAUUGUGGGGAAGAUGGCGACACUUAUCCUCCCUGCUGAUUGGAUCAAAAACUGGGAAAAAUCUGGAAAACAUGAGUUGUAAGUUGUAUUAUAUUGUUAAAUUGUGAAGACGAAUGUCUUGGUGUUUCAUUUUCCAUAAGGGUUGUUGAGCCAUGAAACCAGUUCCCAUCGUUGUCCUCGUACGAGACCUGGGCAAUCUCGCAAUGUGAAUUAGCCAACCUAGCAUGCUAACCCUACUUCAAAUAGUGAGGCCAUUUCACAAUAGCAAGCUACAGUUGGCUGCGGUUCAAUAAUUUUGUUUGAAAUUAUAGUUUGGUACAGAACUCGACAGAUUCCAUAUGGGAUUGAUAUAACAAUUCAUUUAACACUGCUGGCCCGGGUCAUUCGAUACUAACUAAUUAGUUAGCUAACUUUCGAGUCCGCCAGUCCUCCGAGGCAACUAGCUACAGUAGCUUAUUGCUGUGAAAGCCAGUAGGCUAGCUAGUUAACGUUAGCUAAACAGCUAACGAUGCAGGCUAUCCUGGUAGUUGACCCUGUACAUUCUAACGUUGGCUAGUAGUUACCCAUUGUAACUAACUAACGUUAGCUAGUUGGCAAGAACUUUGUGAACAGUGACCUAGCUGACUAGCUACUGCAUUGCAUGCAUGUGCAUCACAACGUGCGGUUUGCGCUCACAUAAUAAGCUAACUAGCUAGCGUACCCAGCAAGCUGAUGAUGCUGGCACAACCAUCUGAUUCUUGCUACACGAAAACAUUAGCAAGCUAGCUCGUUAGCCACUUUGUUUAGAAUAGCCACCACCUGUAUGGACAAACGAGCAAGCUAGUGACAUUUUUUACGUAAUGCGUGGGUCCCAGGCAGCUAUCACUUUGUCUACAAAUGUUAUAUCAUCGUGGUAAUUCUUAGGGUAGUCCCUAAAUAGCUAACGUUAGAUGGCUAACGGUACUGAAUUGAAAACAUGUCGUCGACUGAGUUAGCUUGUAUGGGGGCGAUUUCAACUGAUUUAAUAAUUGGCAACAGUUACAAUUACAUCAUAAUUAAGUCAUCAAGCUCUCUAGUAACUGGACAUUACAGGUUUGGACAAUGUUUUAAAGUGCCAUAGCAAAAAUGCUCAGAAUGGCGUCCUCAUAAAAAAAUGAUCGUCUGGUAGUUACAGUAUUAUAUGUUGUGUUAUUAUUAGGGGCUGACAUUAGGCUGUCUGCAACACUGUACACAUUAUGUACGCAUAUAUUACUGUACACUACUACUAACUGUACCAGCUGUGAUCAUUUAGAUAACUAUUACUAGUCACUGAAAAUAAACUAGCAAAUAUAAAGUAAAGUCACCUUUUCCCCUCCUCUUUUCACAGUGUACAACUAUGUAAGAAUCUUGCAGGCAAAACAAAUCAUGACAGCAUGAUAAAAGGUAUGUACUGCUCUGUACUAUUUGAAAGAACAGUAUGCAUGUUAGUUUUUCUACAAUUGAGUACAAUUGCUACAUGAAAUUAAGACGUACUAUUCAUUCAAUGAUGGGUUCUCGCUAUGUCAGGUGUCAUCUAAUGUUCAUAUAGCAUCAUACCGAGCAAACAGCUCUUUGGUUGACUGUUUGUGAGUAGGUCUAAUACUGACACAUUGUAUUAGGAAUAAUUAUCUUCCCGUUUGCCUCUUCUCUUCAUUCUCUAGAUAUACAGGCUGCAUUGUAUGAACUCUGCUGGCAUGUCGUACAGGGGAACUUCAAGCUGGACCUCGCUGCUAGCGUCCUCAGUGACAUGAUGGUAUGUAUGGCCUUGUUGUAGUCCUUUCAUUGUCUGCAAUGUCUGUCAUCCCAGAAAAACUGCCAUGCGUUUUGAGGAUUUUGUGACCUAUAGGAGAGUCCUUUUAGUGAAAACACUGACUCGCGCAGUAUCUGGAGUGAUGUGUAUUUAGUGCUUGUUUUUUGGUUAUUAAAGAUGCACUAUACAGAAAUCGCUCUGCCAUUUCCUUGUUACUAAAAUUCAAAUAGUUAGCCUAAUUUCAGUUUGUGACAAAACAAGCAAGUAUAGUGUAGAGAAUCAUUGUACCAACUAAACCACUGUGAAAUAUAUUUUCUAGGCCUGUCCCCGGCUAAAAAUAAUAUUGGUUGAAUUUUUAAAACGUGUAUUUUUCCAUAUAGACACAUCCUAUGUGUUUUAAGCAAAAUUUACUGCGCUAUGUUAAAGAAAAAUGACAGCGAGUGACUGUGUGACUAGCACCCGUUGUCUCUCUCUCUCCUCCCUGCUGCAGCGACCACCACAGAACAUCAACAGUGUUGAUCGUGCUGUCCUUGUUGCUGAAGCGGCAACAUAUGCUGAAGCUGCGACAUACACUGAACCAAAAUAUAAACGCAACAUGCAACAAUUUCUAAGAUUUUACAGAGUUAGAGUUCAUAUAAGGAAAUCAGUCAAUUGAAAUAAAUUCAUUAGACCCUAAUUUAUGGAUUUCACAUGACUGGGAAUACAGAUAUGCAUCUGUUGGUAGGGGCAUGGAUCAGAAAACCAGUCAGUAUCUGGUGUGACUACCAUUUGCCUCAUGCAGCGCGACAUCUCCUUCACAUAGAGUUGAUCAGACUGUUGAUUGUGGGCCUGUGGAAUGUUGUCCCACUCCUAUUCAAUGGCUGUGCGAAGUUACUAGAUAUUGGCGGGAACUGGAACACGCUGUCGUACACGUCGAUCCAGAGCAUCACAAACAUGCUCAAUGGGUGACAUGUCUGGUGAGUUUACAGGCCAUGAAAGAACUGGGACAUUUUCAACUUCCAGGAAUUGUGUACAGAUCCUUGCGACAUGGGGCUGUGCAUUAUCAUGCUGAAACAUGAGGUGAUGGCGACGGAUAAUGGGCACGACAAAGUGCCUCCGGAUCUCGUCACGGUAUCUCUGUGCAUUCAAAUUGCCAUUGAUCAAAUGCAAUUGUGUUCGUUGUCCGUAGCUUAUGCCUGCCCAUACCAUAACCCCACCACCACCAUGGGGCACUCUGUUUACAACGUUGACAUCAGCAAACCGCUUGCCCACACGACUCCAUACACACUGUCUGCCAUCUGCCCGGUACAGUUGAAACCGGGUUCCAUCCGUGAAGAGCACACUUCUCCAGCGUGCCAGUGGCCAUCAAAGGUGAGCAUUUGCCCACUGAAGUCGGUUACGACGCCAAACUGCAGUCAGGUCAAGACCCUGGUGAGGACGACGAGCACGCAGAUGAGCAUCCCCGAGAUGGUUUCUAACAGUUUGUGCAGAAAUUAUUCAGUUAUGCAAAUCCACAGUUUCAUCCUCUGUCGGGGUGGCUGGUCUCUGAUGAUCCCGCAGGUGAAAAAGCCGAAUGUGGAGAUCCUGGGCUGCCGUGGUUACACUUGGUCUGCGGUUGUGAGGCCGGCUAGACGUACUGGCAAAAAAAAAAAGGACAAGUUAGAUGUGUGCAAUAAAUUUGACUAGUUGUGGAAAAUACUGGAGAUCAAGACAUAAGGUAAGGAGCAAGCGCUGUGUACAUAUUAUGUGCUCCAAACAGGUGUUAGAUUACAAUAUAAUUUUUCUGACCCUUUGGAACAAUGUAAACAACACAAAAUAAAUUAUAAGCAUACCAGAGAGUCUGUUUUAACGAUUUUUUGUAAAGCCUUUAUUACAGCAAACAUUUCCGAAAUGGAACAACUUAUUUAUUUUUUACGACUCCAUUCAAGGGUCACUUUGUUAUUUUAUUUUAAAACUACAAUGCUUGAUUGCAUUUCAAAUCAUGAAUGACUCAUAUGCUGUGUGAUGACAUGAAUGAAUGAUUGAUUGAUUGAUACAGUAGCCUAUAUAACUAUUGAGUAAGUUACGGUAUUAAGGCUAAACAGGAUGCACUCUUAGGCCUACAGCUUGAUGGUGGUUAUACAAGGCUGCUAUACUAAGCCUACUAAUUAUAAGGACAUUACUUAUUAUUAUAAUGAUGAUCAUAAUAAUAAUAGUAAUAAUAACAAGGAGAUCAAGAAAAGGAGGGUUAUUAUUUUUCUGACAAUUUGUAAUAGUGUAAACAACACAAAACAAAUUAUAAAUAAUACCAGAGAGGCUGUUCUAACUAAUAAAAAGUGUAAAGCCUUUAUUACAGCAUAGCAUAGAUUUAAAAACAGCUGAAAUUGUGAAAUUAUUUAUCCGACAUGUUGUGGUUGUGUGAGGCUUGGUGCUCACGGAAUCAGUAGGCUAUUAAAUAAACACUCAAACAGGCAACAGAAGCAGGAUCUGUCUUAUUUCUGUAGAUAUAUAUGAAUGAUUUAUAAAGCCAGGCACAUUUAACAGUUAGGCUAUUGAUUUAUAGACCUAUAGUAAUUACAGUUGAAGUCGGAAGUUUACAUACACCUUAGCCAAAUAAAUUGUGAAUUUGUGACAUUUAAUCCUAGUAAAAAUUCCCUGUCUUAUGUCAGUUAGGAUCACCACUUUAUUUUAAGAAUGUGAAAUGUCAGAAUAAUAGUAGAGAGAAUGAUUUAUUUCAGCUUUUAUUUCUUUCAUCACAUUCCCAGUGGGUCAGAAGUUUACAUACACUCAAUUAGUAUUUGGUAGCAUUGCCUUUAAAUUGUUUAACUUGGGUCAAAAGUUUCAGGUAGCCUUCCACAAGCUUCCCACAAUAAGUUGGGUGAAUUUUGGCCCAUUCCUCCUGACAGAGCUGGUGUAACUGAGUCAGGUUUGUAGGCCUCCUUGCUCGCACACGCUUUUUCAGUUCUGCCCACACAUUUUCUAUAGGAUUGAGGUCAGUGCUUCGUGAUGGCCACUCCAGUACCUUGACUUUGUUGUCCUUAAGCCAUUUUGCCACAACUUUGGAAGUAUGCUUGGGGUCAUUGUCCAUUUGGAUGACCCAUUUGCGACCAAGCUUUAACUUCCUGACUGAUGUCUUGAGAUGUUGCUUCAAUAUAUCCACAUAAUUUUCUUUCCUCAUGAUGCCAACUAUUUUGUGAAGUGCACCAGUCCCUCCUGCAGCCAGCGGCAUGAGUAGAUGUCCUAACCGACUUGGCAAAACUAUAGUUUGUUAACAAGAAAUGUGUGGAGUGGUUGAAAAACAAGUUUUAAUGACUCCAACCUAAGUGUAUGUAAACCUCCGACUUCAACUGUAAGUCUCCUCGCUUUUCUUAGACAAUUAAGGCAAGGGCUCUUUUCUCGUCUCCUAACUCCGCCGCUGCCUCCGCCACAUUGUUCUCAACACCAAUAUUACAUUUACAUUUACGUCAUUUAGCAGACGCUCUUAUCCAGAGCGACUUACAGUUAGUGCAUACAUUAUUUUAUAUUUUUCAUACUGGCCCCCCGUGGGAAUCGAACCCACAACCCUGGCGUUGCAAACACCAUGCUCUACUGAGCUACAUCCCUGCCGGCCAUUCCCUCCCCUAUCCUGGACGACGCUGGGCCAAUUGUGCGCCGCCCCAUGGGUGUCCCGGUCGCGGCCGGCUACGACAGAGCCUGGAUUCGAACCAGGAUCUCUAGUGGCACAGCUAGCACUGCAAUGCAGUGCCUUAGACCACUGCGCCACUCGCAGUGGUGGUUAUGCUGGUUAACUUUGCUAUUAUGCACAUAGCAACAUGGUCUAGGAAAAUGUGCCAAUUCAACAGCGCACUGAUGUGUUUCAGAAACGCGGACAGCGACCGCUAUCCAACGCGGGAGAAAGCGCAUUUGUUAUAAAAUAAUAUUUGUAUUGGUGUUGCACCAUUGUUCUUACUUAAUAAAACCAUAUACAAUUUCAGUAGCAUAUGUCAUUGAGUGAUGGACUGUGCCAUCCCGAUUUCCCACGUCCUCCACAAUGGAUUAGUCAACUCAGACAGGCACGAAUCAGACAGGUGUCUUGUACGCCAUGAAAAACAUUAUAAAAAAUUGCUGCUGCUCGACUAAAGAAAUCUCGGUCGACCAAACAAUCGACCAGUCGACUAAAUGGGGUCAGCCAUAAUCUUUUCUAUAACCAAAAAUAUUGUAUUUUCAUAACCAAAAAUAUUGUAUUUUCAGCUGUUGGAAGCUGGUGUACAAAACCGAAAGUAAAAGACGCAUGGGAAGCAUAGAAAUAGCACACACAGAACAGAUCUACCGCUUCUUAGACUUGCUUUCAAUGAGAAUGACAGAUCUAUAACUGACAUUUCUAUGUGAAUUUGGUUAGGUCGCCUAAAAAGUUAGGUAUUGCAGCUUUAAAAGAGAGAGUUUGAACCAUUCCUAAACGAUGGACCUUGUAAGUGAAGUUCCUUUAGCAGGUGUUCAAGUUUAUAGAGUAUUCAGUGAGUCCACAAGUUGUUUUUCCUGUGUUCCCUAGAAUGUGGGAUUUUCAAAUUUUUACCAAUGGGGGCACAUACGCUAUCAUUGGGAACAUGCAGACAAGCAGUGGUGUAAAGUUUUUGGCUAUCUGUACUUUCCUUUACUAUUAAUAUUUUUGACAACUUUUACUUCACUACAUUCCUAAAGAAAAUAAUGUACUUUUUACUACAUACAUUUACCCUGACGCGCAAAAGUAUUUGUUACAUUUUGAAUGCUUAGCAGGACAUGAAAAUUGUCUAAUUCACACUUAUCAAGAGAACAUCCCUGGUCAUCCCUACUGCCUCUGAUUUGGCAGACUCACUAAACACAUGCUUUGUUUGUAAAUGGUGUCUGAGUGUUGGAGUGUGCCCCUGGCUAUCCGUAAAAAAAAUUCUUUUAAAAUAUGGUGCCGUCUGAUUUGCUUAAUAUAAGGAAUUUGAAAAGAUUUAUACUUUUGAUACGUAAGUAUAUUUUAGCAAUUACAUUUACUUUUGAUACUUAAGUAUAUUUAAAACCAAAUACUUUUAGACUUCUACUCAAGUAGUAUUUUACUGGGUAUCUUUACUUUUACUCAAUUAUGACAAUUAGGUACUUUUUUCACCACUGCAGACAAGGUACACUUGCAGCUGUGCCAGAUUAAAACAGUGUUUUCUUUUGCUGACCAGCCAAUUCAUUAUUAAUUAAUCUCAAACUAAAACCUUGUGCUUUGCUUGUAAAGAAAGAUUAACAACACUUCUGGAACUUCUCUAUCAGCAAACAAAAGUAAUUGAGAAUUAACCUUUUUAAUAAUGUAUGUUUUGAAUGCUUCUGAUUUCUUGUUUAUUUCCAGGAACUGCGGGAUGACAUGCCAUCUAUUUUAGCAGAUGUUUUCAGUAUACUAGGUGGGUAUGACUUCAGUUUGGGCAUAUUGUGACAGUCAUUUGCAAUUGUAUGCCUAAAUGUAAAAAAAAUGAGUUGCCGAAUUACAGUAAUGUCAUCAUGAUAUUAUGUUUUAAUAAUUAUUUUUGACAGACAUAGAGACCAGUUCUUUGGAGGAAAAAAACAAACGCGACCAUUACACCCAGCUAGUGGGAGCGUGUCUGGUAAGUGUAUUUCAAGUGUUUACUGCAAAGAGCAAAAAUACAUUAUCAUGAAAUUGUCAAACUUUCACUAGGUGGCAGUAUUGUUCAAACAAAACUCAACCUUUGUCUGUUGUAUUUCCCAUUGUAAGGCCAAAACACAGUAUUAAAUAAGAACACACUUUAUUUAAUUGGCUCUGAAUUUAGAAUAUUAUAGUAAUGUUUGAUUCUCUUCACAAAUGUUAAAGGUGCAAUCAGCAGUUCGUGGUCUCCCGAGUGGCGCAGUGGUCUAAGGCACUGUGCAUCGCAGUGCUAGCUGUGCCACUAGAGAUCCUGGUUCGAAUCCAGGCUCUGUCGUAGCCGGCCGCGACCGGGAGACCCAUGGGGCGGCGCACAAUUGGCCCAGCGUCGUCCAGAAUAGGGGAGGGAAUGGCCGGCAGGGAUGUUGGUAGAGCACGGCGUUUGCAACGCCAGGGUUGUGGGUUCGUUUCCCACGGGGGGCCAGUAUGAAAAAAAAAAAAUAUAAUGUAUGCACUCACUAACUGUAAGUCGCUCUGGAUAAGAGCGUCUGCUAAAUGACUAAAAUGUAAAUGUAGUUGCUACAUACAUUUUUUAGACUUAUGAGUGAUACUGUAUGUAGACAUUGAUUCUUGAAGAAUAUAUGCCUCAUUAGCUUAGUUCAACUGUCGUACGUCAUCAGAAUCCAAAAUAUAAGCUUGUUUUACUCCGUUUGUAAACAAAGUAAAUUUAAACAAACAUUCUAUAGCCUCAAAAUGUUUCAAACUAUAAUUUCAAAAUCAAAUCAAAUUGUAUUUGUCACAUGCACCGAAUACAACAGGUGUAGACCUUACUGUGAAAUGCUUACAAGCCCUUAACCAACAAUGCAGUUUUUUUUUACGUAUGAAAAUGUUUGCUAAACAAAUAACAAAUACAUAAAAAAAUUAAAAAAAGGUUAAUAAUUUUUUUUUUUUAACUAUUUAAAUAACAAUAACGAGGCUAUAUACAGGGGGUACCGGUACAGAGUCAAUGUACAGGUUAGUCAAGGUAAUUGAGGUAAUAUGUACACUACCAGUCAAAAGUUUGGACACACCUACUCAUUCAAGGGUUUUUCUUUAUUUUUACUAUUUUUUACAUUGUAUAAUAAUAGUGAAGACAUCAAAACUAUGAAAUAACACACAUGGAAUCAUGUAGUAACCAAAAAAGGGUUAAACAAAUCAAAAUAUAUUUUAUAUUUGAGAUUCUUCAAAUAGACACCCUUUGCUUUGAUGACAGCUUUGCACACUUUUGGCAUUCUCUCAAGCAGCUUCAUGAGGUAGUCACCUGGAAUGCAUUUCAAUUAACAGGUGUGCCUUCUUAAAAGUUAAUUUGUGAAUGGGGGCGUGCUCGGCCCUCCUUUUCCUGUAGUCCACAAUCAGCUCCUUUUGUCACGUUGAGGAAGAGGUUGUUGGCCUGGCACCACACUGCCAGGUCUCUGACCUCCUCCCUAUAAGCUGUCUCAUCGUCGUCGGUGAUCAGGCCUACCAAUGUUGUGUCGUCAGCAAACUUAAUGAUAGUGUUGGAGUCGUGCGCGGCCAGGGAGUGAACAGGGAGUACAGGAGGGGACUAAGCAAGCACCCCUGAGGGGCCUCCUAGUUGAGGUUCAGCGUGGCAGAUGUGUUGUUGCCUACCCUUACCACCCUGGGGCGGCCCGUCAGGAAGGGAGGUGUUUAGGGAGGUGUUUAGUCCCAGGAUCCUUAGCUUAGUGAUGAGCUUUGAAGGCACAUGCUGAGCUGUAGUCAACAAACAGCAUUCUGACGUAGGUGUUCCUUUUGUCCAGGUGGGAAAGGGCAGUGUGGAGUGCAAUAGAGAUUGCGUCAUCUGAGUACGCGUCCUUGUAAUCCGUCUGGCCCCGCGGCCUUGUGAAUGUUGACCUGUUUAAAGGUCUUACUCACAUUUUGAUAUCAUGGAUGGUCAGUCCUUGCAUCCAUAGCUCUGUUUAGGAAUUUGAGAGUAGUUGCAUUUCUCCUGCCCCAUCCCUCAGCUUUUACCGAAACAGGAGCGUGAGAACGCUUUGUUUUUGUUUCAACUGCUGAUUGCCGCUUUAAAUUUGCUAUCAUUCAUAACCAUAUAAUAUAUAUUUACCAGUCUUUAUAUAACACUUGUUUGUUUCCUCCUGCCCUCUCUUCAGUUAUUUGUGCCAGAUGCCAUCCUGAAGGAGAGGCUGGACCCAGAGACCCUGGAGUCCCUGGGACUCAUAAAGCAAGCCCAUCAGUUCAACCAGAAAAUCGUCAAAAUCAAGACCAAGCUAUUGUAAGUGGAGCAGUGACUUAUUUUCAUCUAUAAAAACAAAAAUCCUGUAAUGUUCAGUGUCAAAAGGUCAACAGCGUAGUAAAUGGAAUGGUCUGACCAAGUAGCCUAAUUAAAAACCGUGUUAAAGAUUUAAACCCACAUAGUCACCCUCCAGAACUGGGGUUAGCUACUGUUAUCCCCAGGACAGGUCAGGGCACAUCUGUUACUCAGCUGUGUUGACUGUGCUGGAGAGGCUGUUAACCCAAGGUUACAUCUCCAUCCCUGGCUUAUCCACCUCACAGCCUGUGGCUGUAGCGUUUAAUACGUGACUAUUUACCCUAUAGGAUGAGAGCUUUGCCAUGAACACCAAAUGUAAUGUCAGCACAGAAUGUAGAUAAAUUGCAUCACUUUAGUUGUUUAUAAUUCUCUCAGGCUGUUGUUCACACACUACUGUGCUGCAAUACAUGGUAAUUCAGGCUGUAUAGGGUUCUAUUACCAUGUAGUACAAUAGAAACACAAUAAAUGAUCAUUUGAUUCACACGUGGGCCUAAAAUGUGAAGUUUUGUCUAAUGGUGAAUGGUGCAGAGUGGCCUCCUACAUAUUGUUUUCAACUCUGUCCCCUGACAGUUACAAGCAGCAGAAGUUCAACUUGCUAAGGGAAGAGAAUGAGGGCUAUGCCAAGCUGAUCACUGAGCUGGGCCAAGACCUCUCAGGCAACAUCACCAGCCACAUCGUCCUAGAGAGCAUCAAGUCCCUGAUAGGUAUGAAACCCCUCGUCUUUUUACAUUUUCAUCACGUUCUCCACAGCCAAGACAUAACUGCCCCUUGUGGUCUUUGUCUUACUGUGUUUUCUGUGACAGAAUAAUGUCUAUGGCCAGCCCUGAAAGUCAUGGAGAUUUGAAUUUGGCAGAAGUGCUUUUUAUUGUUUAACUUGAGGAUUCAAAUGUUGCCUGGGAUGUGAAUAUUUGUAGUACCUGUACCUGACCAGUUAGACUCCCAAAUAGGAUUUACAUAACACAUCUCCAUAUUUUGUACCCAAGUUAUUCGUAUGUCAUCUCUACACUAACCCCGUCUCCACCCUGCAGGAUGCUUCAACCUGGACCCCAACCGCGUUCUGGACAUCAUCCUGGAGGUGUACGAGUGUCGUUCUGACCAGGAUGAGUUCUUCCUGCCCCUCAUCAAGUCCUACAUGUGUGAACCCCUCACCCUCUGCCACAUCCUGGGCUUCAAGUUCAAGUUCAACCAGGUGAGAGAGUGCAGACUCCCUGCUGGACAGUGACUGUCUGCCGCCUGUCUGAAACCUGCCGCCUGUCUGAAACCUGCCGCCUGUCUGAAACCUGCCGCCUGUCUGAAACCUGCCGCCUGUCUGAAACCUGCCGGAUAGAAACUGUACAAAUGUGUAUUUGUGAGGCGUUAGUGAGGAGCUACCUGCCCAAGAAGCAGAGAAAUCCAUAAACAAUUUAAGGUCUUAUUGAUGAGAACAUAAAUCUUGCCCAGGUUUGGAAUUUUCUCCAGCUAUUCUCCCUUGACCUGCAGGAAUGAGGGAAAAUGGUGCAGUCAGACCUGAUGUGAAUAGUAAUGCUGCCCGGCACUGAAAUAUACACUUUAGCUCCAAGUUGGGGAUCAAAGGACAGCCGAGUGAUCUCUAUUGAUUUGUACUAGACCCCCCCAUCCAUUAGCUGUUCCUCUGACUGUCCCUCUCCCCCAGGAGCCCAAUGAGGAGACCCCCACGUCACUCUACCACAUUGCUGCCGCCCUUCUCCACCACAACCUCAUAGAGCUGGAGGACCUCUAUGUGCACGUAAGCAUCUCUCAACUCACACUUACUCUCACAUAUAAUAAUAUAAUUGUAUAUAUAUGAUUUAAGACUAACAUUGGUUGUCCUCAGUAAAUGCCCGAUUGUGCAGCAGCUGAUCCGAUAGGAAAAUCGAAUCGCCUUGUUCUGUAAGCUGUGACCUGACAUAUGACAGAGUCUGUCCUGUCCUCUGUGCCUCUGCCUUCCCAGCUGAUGCCACUGGAUGCCAGCAUUAUAGAGGAGCACAAGCGAGAGAUCACGGAGGCCAAGCAGAUCGCCCGCAAGCUCACCAUGGUAGUGGUGCCCUCCGAGAAGACAGAGGACAAGGAGAGAGAGAAGGAGAAAGAGGAGGAGAAGAAUGACAAGGUAAAGUCAUCUCAUCACCAUCACUCGCAUACAGUGGGGAGAACAAGUAUUUGAUACACUGCCGAUUUUGCAGGUUUUCCUAUUUACAAAGCAUGUAGAGGUCUGUACUUUUUAUCAUAGGUACACUUCAACUGUGAGAAAAUCCAGAAAAUCACAUUGUAUGAUUUUUAAGUAAUUAAUUUGCAUUUUAUUGCAUGACAUAAGUAUUUGAUACAUCAGAAAAGCAGAACUUAAUAUUUGGUACAUAAACCUUUGUUUGCAAUUACAGAGAUCAUACGUUUCCUGUAGGUCUUGACCAGGUUUGCACACACUGCAGCAGGGAUUUUGGCCCACUCCUCCAUACAGAUCUUCUCCAGAUCCUUUAGGUUUCGGGGCUGUCGCUGGGCAAUACGGACUUUCAGCUCCCUCCAAAGAUUUUCUAUUGGGUUCAGGUCUGGAGACUGGCUAGGUCACUCCAGGACCUUGAGAUGCUUCUUACGGAGCCACUCCUUAGUUGCCCUGGCUGUGUGUUUCGGGUCGUUGUCAUGCUGGAAGACCCAGCCACGACCCAUCUUCAAUGCUCUUACUGAGGGAAGGAGGUUGUUGGCCAAGAUCUCGCGAUACAUGGCCCCAUCCAUCCUCCCCUCAAUACGGUGCAGUUGUCCUGUCCCCUUUGCAGAAAAGUAUCCCCAAAGAAUGAUGUUUCCACCUCCAUGCUUCACGGUUGGGAUGGUGUUCUUGGGGUUGUACUCAUCCUUCUUCCUCCAAACACGGCGAGUGGAGUUUAGACCAAAAAGCUCUAUUUUUGUCUCAUCAGACAUUUACAUUUACGUCAUUUAGCAGACGCUCAGACCACAUGACCUUCUCCCAUUCCACCUCUGGAUCAUCCAGAUGGUCAUUGGCAAACUUCAGACGGGCCUGGACAUGCGCUGGCAUGAGCAGGGGGACCUUGCGUGCGCUGCAGGAUUUUAAUCCAUGACGGCGUAGUGUGUUACUAAUGGUUUUCUUUGAGACUGUGGUCCCAGCUCUCUUCAGGUCAUUGACCAGGUCCUGCCGUGUAGUUCUGGGCUGAUCCCUCACCUUCCUCAUGAUCAUUGAUGCCCCACGAGGUGAGAUCUUGCAUGGAGCCCCAGACCGAGGGUGAUUGACCGUCAUCUUGAACUUCUUCCAUUUUCUAAUAAUUGCGGCAACAGUUGUUGCCUUCUCACCAAGCUGCUUCCUUAUUGUCCUGUAGCCCAUCCCAGCCUUGUGCAGGUCUACAAUUUUAUCCCUGAUGUCCUUACACAGCUCUCUGGUCUUGGCCAUUGUGGAGAGGUUGGAGUCUGUUUGAUUGAGUGUGUGGACAGGUGUCUUUUAUACAGGUAAGGAGUUCAAACCGAUGCAGUUAAUACAGGUAAUGAGUGGAGAACAGGAGUGCUUCUUAAAGAAAAACUAACAGGUCUGUGAGAGCCGGAAUUCUUCCUGGUUGGUAGGUGAUCAAAUACUUAUGUCAUGCAAUAAAAUGCAAAUUAAUUACUUAAAAAUCAUACAAUGGGAUUUUCUUGAUUAUUGUUUUAGAUUCCGUCUCUCACAGUUGAAGUGUACCUAUGAUAAAAAUCACAGACCUCUACAUGCUUUGUAAGUAGGAAAACCUGCAAAAUCGGCAGUGUAUCAAAUACUUGUUCUCCCCACUGUAUAUUUCUACCAUUUGAAAAACAUGUCUGCACAUUUGGGUACCGGUUCUGUACUGAAGCACAACUCUACGUCCAUCAAGUGUCCUUCUUUGUUUUCCAUGAUGAAUCCCAGUCUUUAUAAGGCUGCCACAGGGUGUAGGUGAAGGGAAAGGAAAUGCUUUAUUGCUGUGUGUGUUAACGAGUUGCUAGUCAGUGUCUGUCUGAGGCAGAGCCGUGCUGCUGAGGACCACAGACAGACAGCACAGGCAGUAAUUGAUGGACCAGAGGAGGUCUGUUAA